ACUGGGCCGGUUGUGGCAAGCGCAGGGUUUUGACAAAAACAAACAGCGACGGCGCUGCCGCAGGGUCUAUGGCCGAGGCGGUGAGGCCUCCGCGCCGGGCCAAGGCCAAGGCCAGCCGGACUAAAACCAAGGAAAAGAAGAAAUCUGAAACCCUUCAGAGGGAAGAAUCUGAUGAAGUCUCUCUUCGAGAACCCUCCAGAGAGCUGGCAAUCCCUCCUCCAGCUUGUGAAUUCAGAGGAGACUGUCUGAAGGUGCUAACUGAUUCCCAGCUCCAGAAUGCUGCCUGUGGACAAAAUGAGAGUGAAAUGUUUGAUGUACCACUCACCUCCUUAACUAUAAGCAACGAAGAGCCCCUGACAUGGAACACAGAGACCCUAAAGGAAGGGGAGGAGGUCAGAGCCCGCGUUGGGGACGAUGCGGUGAAUCUAAAGGUCAGCCCUGGAGACAGUGUCAGAACCAAAGUAGAAACCCCCAAGAACUGCACAGAAGGAGAGGAAAAUCAGUUGGUACUCUGUGGACCUUCCAAAGGUAGCUUGCAAUCUAAUUUUUCUUAUACUCAGCCAGAAAUGGAAAAUUUACAGGCCAGAGAAACUCAGAAAAAGAAAGAUGACAAGCAAGCCUUGGGUCUUUCUUCAGAGGUGCUACAAAAUGUUGGCUUGCAGAGUUCUUGUGAAGCCAAAGACAUUUUUCAUCCACCUAGAGUGAAAAAACUGUAUCCUCAGUUGCCAGCCGAAAUUGCUGGAGAAGUACCAGCUUCGAUGGCAGUGAAACCCUUGUUUCGUAACGAGCGACUCUACCCAGAGCUCCCAUCUCAACCAGAACUAGUACCAUUUACUAAAGAACAGCUGAAGAUCUUUGAGCCUGGUUCGUGGCUGGAAAAUGUUGAGUCGUAUUUAGAAGAAUUCGACAGCAUGGCUCAUCAGGACAGGCAUGAGUUUUACGAGCUGCUUUUGAACUACUCGCGAUGUAGGAAGCAGCUGCUGCUGGCCGAGGCUGAGCUCCUUGCUCUCACGUCUGAUUGCCAAAACGCGAAAAGCCGACUGUGGCACUUUAAGGAUGAACAGCUGUCCGUGCAGGGUAUCUGUGCAGAUCAAGUGAAAGUUUCAGGCUAUCAUCGCUACCAAAGAGUAGAGAUGAAUGAAAAUGCACUGGGGGAGCUAAAGAAGCUAUUUGAUGCCAAAUCUGAGCACCUCCAUCAGACCCUCGCUCUGCAUUCGUACACCUCUGUGCUCUCAAAGUUGCAAGUGGAGUCUUACGUUUAUGCCUUACUCAAUAGUUCAGCUCUUCUGAGAUCUUUAGCAAUUCAAGGCCGAGCUUGUAAACAGACAGAAAGCUUUCCCUCUGACCUCUGUCAACUUAAGGAGUGUAUCAGUGUCUUAUUCAUGUUCACCAGAAGGGUUAAUGAAGAUACCCAGUUCCAUGAUGAUAUUCUUCUCUGGCUGCAGAAGUUGGUGUCAGUGUUACAAAGAGUUGGCUGUCCUGGAGAUCACUUCUUCCUUUUAAACCAUAUUCUCCGAUGUCCAGCUGGUGUUAGUAAAUGGGCUGUUCCUUUCAUCCAGAUCAAAGUGUUGAAUAACCCAUCAGGGGUCUUUCAUUUUAUGCAGUCCCUUGCCCUGCUAAUGUCUCCUGUCAAAAAUCGAGCGGAAUUCCUGUGCCAUAUGAAGCCCAGUGAGCAGAAGCCAUCCUCCUCGGGGCCUGCAUCCGGGAUGUGGACGCUAGUAGAUGAGGGAGGAGAAGAGGAUGAAGAUCCUGAGACCAGUUGGCUUCUCCUUAAUGAGGAUGACUUGGUUAUCCUUUUAUCCCAGUUUCCGUUCCAUGAACUCUUUCAGCAUCUUCUUGGGUUUAAAGCAAAAGGUGAUUAUUCACCUGAAACAACAAGACCUCAAGAGAUGAUGAAAAUUUUUGCCUUUGCUAACUCACUAGUGGAGCUUCUGGCUGUGGGGUUAGAAACCUUUAACAGGGCACGCUACAGGCAGUUUGUGAAGCGAAUUGGUUAUAUGAUCAGGAUGACCCUUGGUUAUGUGAGCGACCAUUGGGCACAGUUUGUGAGCCACAGCCGAGGCUUGGGUCUGGCCCAGCAGCCCUACUCCGUGGAGAAACUACAGGUUGAAUUUGAUGAACUGUUUCUGAGAGCUGUCCUGCAUGUGCUGAAAGCCAAAAGACUUGGCAUUUGGCUGUUUAUGUCGGAAAUGCCCUUUGGGACGCUGUCGGUGCAGAUGCUCUGGAAGCUCUUCUACCUCAUGCACCAGGUGGAGAGUGGGAAUCUGGAGAAGCUCUGCGUCGCUCUCCCGCCUACUGAGUGCAAGAAGCAGCUCCAAGACCCAGAACACUUUGUGAACUUUGAGAAGUGUCUUUCUUCCAUGAAUAGCUCGGAAGAGAUUUGCCUUCUGACUACAUUUGCUCAGAUGGCUCAGGCCAGAAGAACCAAUGUGGAUGAAGACUUCAUAAAAAUUAUUGUUCUGGAGAUAUAUGAGGUAUCUUACGUCACCCUGUCCACCAGGGAGACUUUUUCAAAGGUUGGUCGAGAGCUCUUAGGGGCCAUCACAGCUGUUCACCCUGAGAUAAUAUCUAUCCUUUUGGAUCGAGUUCAAGACACCAUUGACCAGGUGGGAAUGGUUUCUUUAUACUUGUUUAAAGAACUGCCUUUGUAUCUCUGGCGACCAUCUGCCUCUGAGAUAGCGGUGAUUCGGGAUUGGUUAUUGAAUUAUAACCUGACAAUGGUGAAGAAUAAAUUGGCCUGCGUUAUUCUAGAAGGACUGAAUUGGGGAUUUGGUGAACAGGGUACCCUUCAUCUGGAUCGAGCAGUCCAUGCUGAAGUGGCUUUAAUGGUUCUUGAAGCGUACCAGAAAUACCUUGCACAGAAGCCCUAUGCCGGGCUUCUUUCUGAAAGUAUGAAGCAGGUUUCAUAUUUGGCCAGUAUUGUUCGAUAUGGAGAGACACCUGAGACCUCAUUUAACCAGUGGGCCUGGAACUUGAUCUUGAGGUUAAAACUGCACAAAAAUGAUUAUGGAAUACAGCAGAAUUGUCCAACUGUUCCCUUCUCCAGCACUGUGCCUGACAUGACAGAGUCACCCACGUUUCAUCCUCUCUUGAAGGCUGUUAAGGCGGGCAUGCCCAUCGGCUGUUAUCUGGCCUUAGCUAUGACUGCCGUGGGCCACAGCAUCGAGAAGUUCUGUGCAGAAGGCAUCUCACUGUUGGGAAUUCUGGUCCAGUCGAGGCAUUUGAGAACAGUGGUUCAUGUUCUGGAUAAGAUCCUGCCUUUGUUCUACCCUUGCCAGUAUUACCUUCUGAAGAACGAGCAGUUCCUGUCACACCUCCUCCUGUUCCUGCACUUGGACAGCGGUGUCCCUCAGGGUGUCACACAGCAGGUCACCCACAAGGUGGCACAGCACCUGACAGGAGCCAGCCAUGGGGACAACGUGAAGCUUCUCAACAGCAUGAUCCAGGCCCACAUAUCCGUAAGCACCCAGCCCAAUGAAGUGGGCCCUGUUGCCGUGUUGGAGUUCUGGGUCCAGGCUCUAAUAAGCCAGCAUCUUUGGUACCGAGAGCAAGCCAUCCUCUUCCUCAUGGACCACUUGUGUAAAACAGCUUUUGAGCUGAUGCAGGAAGACUGCGUGCAGAAAUUACUCUACCAGCAACAUAAGAAUGCUUUGGGUUACCACUGUGAUCGGAGUCUGCUCUCUUCUUUGGUGAGCUGGAUCGUAGCUGGCAACAUCACUCCUUCUUUUGUGGAGGGCUUGGCCACGCCCACUCAGGUUUGGUUCGCCUGGACAGUACUGAACGUGGAAUCCAUCUUUGAAGAAGACUCCCAGCUCCGAAGAGUUGUCGAAGGGGAAUUGGUUAUAAACUCCGCUUUUACCCCUGACCAAGCUCUGAAGAAGGCCCAGGCCCAGCUGAAGCUUCCCAUCGUCCCAUCCCUCCAGAGGCUGCUGAUUUAUCGUUGGGCCCACCAGGCCCUUGUCACGCCUUCCGAUCACCCUCUUCUGCCUCUCAUUUGGCAGAAGUUCUUCCUACUGUAUCUUCAUCGCCCAGGACCGCAAUAUGGGUUACCUAUAGAUGGUUGUAUUGGAAGAAGGUUUUUUCAAAGUCCUGCUCAUAUCAAUUUAUUGAAAGAAAUGAAGAGGCGCCUGGCGGAGGUGGCCGACUUCCACCAUGCUGCGAGCAAGGCCCUCCGCGUCCCAGCAGAGGGCAGUGAAGGGCUGCCUGCCAGCCAGGCGGGGACCCCCGGCUACCUGACUUCGCCGGAGCUGCACACGGAGCUUGUGAGGCUCUUCAAUGUGUAUAUUUUGUGGCUGGAAGAUGAGAAUUUUCAAAAAGGAGAUACCUAUAUCCCUUCUCUACCAAAGCAUUACGAUAUUCACAGGCUAGCCAAAGUGAUGCAGAAUCAGCAGGAUCUGUGGAUGGAAUAUUUGAACAUGGAGCGCAUACAUUAUGAGUUCCAGGAAACCGUUGGUCUGUGGAUGCAGGCCACACUGGAAUCCCAUUCUCCACCCUGCAGCUUGUCAGUGCAGCUGGACGUCACUGAUCCUUUGUUGGCCAAAGAAAGGGUUUUAAGUAACUUGCGGAAGCAUGAGGCUCCCCAGCCUCCCCUUGAUCUGCACCCAAUGAGGCCUCCUGUGCCAGUCAUUUCCUCAGCUGCGCUCCUGAGUCAGAAGGAUGCCACCCAGCUGGUGCGCACGGACCUGAAUCUGUUGCAGCAGCAGGCCAGAACUGCAGCUCUUCGAGAAUCUCAGCAGGUUGCCCUGGAUAGUGAGCUGUUGGACACAAUGCCAAAGCAGUACGGUAAUAGAGAAGAACAGAGCACGCUACAUUUGGAGUGUAGAGGCAGUGGUGGUAAGAAGUGCCAAGGAGCAGCCGCGGUCACAGUUCAGUUUGAAGGUAUGCAUAAGAAUGAAGCAAUAAGCCAGCAGCUUCAUGUUUUGCGAAAAGAAGUGAAGCAGUUGCAAGCGGAAGCUGCUAAACCACCGUCACUUCAUGUUGUGGAAGCUGCAGUCCAUGCAGAAAACUUGAUUACGGCCUUAGUGAAUGCCUACAAGUUGCAGCCUACCCCCGGGGCGCAGAAGGUUGGCAUUAGCCUCUUCUUUACGGUUGUGGAUUAUGUCAGUGAUGAAACUCAGCGUCAUCCUCCCACAAGGCAGUUCUUUACAUCGUGCAUUGAGAUCUUGGGCCAGGUGUUUAUCAGCGGCACUAGGUCAGAAUGCAGGAAAGUGCUGGAGACCAUUCUGAAGAACAGACGGCUGUGCUCUCUGCUGUCUCCUUUCUUCACUCCCAACGCUGCGCCCACAGAGUUCAUUCAGCUCUAUGAGAAAGUGGUGAAGUUUCUAAGUGAGGACAACAGUGAUAUGAUUUUCAUGCUGCUGACCAAGUUCGAUCUUAAGCAAUGGUUAAACGCCACUAAACCUCCUCUGUCUGAUCGUACCAGGCUUCUGGAGUCCAUUCAUUUGGCACUUACUGCCUGGGGCCUUGAACCAGAUGAAGAUAUUUUGAUGCCAUUUAAUCUUUUCUGUAAGCACUGGACUUACCUUCUUCUCUACCAGUUCCCUGACCAGUACAGUGACAUUCUCAGGCUGCUGAUGCAGAGCUCUGCGGAGCAGCUGCUGAGCCCCGAGUGUUGGAAAGCCACUCUGAGAGCCCUGGGCUGCUGUGCCCCAAACUGCCAUCAGGGGGCAGCCUCUGCAGAGAGCUCGGUGCUUCAAAGCUCUCCGGAUGUUCUCUUGUCUGACAAGCAGAUAGCGGAGACUAUACAAUGGCUUUCAAAUUUUUUUUAUAAGCUUCGGUUAUCCACAUUGGACUUUAAAAGCUUUGGUUUGUUCUCAAAAUGGAGUCCUUACAUGGCUGAUAUGAAGACGCUGUUGGGCUAUCUUGUAAAACGGCUUCUUGACUGCGAAAUGGCCUGCCUGGCUCAGGACCCAUCUGCCAGCAGCAAAACAGUGCUGCAGUCCCUACAUUCAGUUAUCAUCCAGCUUUUUAAGCCGUGGAUCUUGGUUUUAGAGGACAAUGAAAGCCAACGACAUUACCCCUGGCUGGAGAGUGACGCUGUGGUGGCCUUGAGCGUCGUGCGCUUGUUCACUGACUGUAUCAACUCCUUGCAUGAGAGUUUUAAAGAUAAGCUGCUGCCGGGCGAUGACGGAGCCCUUCGGUUACACCUGAUGCAUUACUGCGAAGCGUGCACAGCGCCCAGAAUGCCGGAGUUCAUUCUGUACGCCUUCCACAGUGCCUACCGCAGACUCCCGUGGAGGGACCUGCACCCUGACCAGAUGCUCAUGGAGGCCUUCUUCAAAGUGGAACGAGGAAGCCCUAAGAGCUGCUUCUUAUUUUUGGGUUCUGUCCUGUGUGAAGUCAACUGGGUCAGUGUGCUAUCUGAUGCCUGGAGCCCCAGCCCCCGCCCAGAGACCCGGAGCAUGAUUGUCUGCCUCCUUUUCAUGAUGAUUUUAUUGGCAAAGGAAGAUGAGCUGGUAGACCAACCAGAUUCACCUCUCCUGAACCUCCUUGGACAAACAAGCUCACUCUCGUGGCAUCUGGUGGAUACCGUGUCCUACCAGAGCGUGCUCAGUUAUUUCAGCAGCCAUUACCAGCCGGCCAUCAUCCUGGCAAAGGAAUCUUCUGCGGAACUAAUCAUGAAGCUCCUGAGAGUGUCUGCGGGCCUUUCCAUCCCUACUGACAGCCAAAAACAUCUUGAUGCAGUUCCAAAGUGCCGAGCCUUCACUCAUCAGAUGGUUCAGUUCCUCAGCUCCCUGGAACAAAAUGGAAAAAUCACCUUAGCCGUCCUAGAAAAGGAGAUGUCUAAGCUCUUGGAUGAUAUUAUCGUCUUUAACCCACCUGACAUGGACAGCCAGACCCGCCACAUGGCCCUCAGCAGCCUCUUCAUGGAAGUCCUAAUGAUGAUGAACAAUGCGACUAUUCCAACGGCAGAGUUCCUCCGGGGCAGUAUCCGGACCUGGAUUGGGCAGAAAGUGCACGGGCUGGUGGUCCUGCCCCUCCUCACAGCAGCCUGUCAGAGCCUGGCUUCUGUCCGCCACAUGGCUGAGACCACGGAAGCCUGCAUCACUGCCUACUUCAAAGAAGGUUCCCUCAAUCAGAAUUUAGGAUGGGGCCCCAUUCUGGUGUCCCUUCAAGUUCCUGAGCUCACCAUAGAAGAAUUUCUGCAGGAGUGCCUGUCCCUCGGCAGUUACCUGACUCUGUACGUCUACUUGCUUCAGUGUUUAAACAGCGAGCAGACGCUAAGGAACGAAAUGAAAGUGCUGCUCAUCUUAAGCAAGUGGUUGGAACAGGUGUAUCCGAGCUCCGCGCAGGAAGAGGCCAAGCUGUUUCUGUGGUGGCACCAAGUCCUGCAGCUCUCGCUGAUGCAGACGGAGCAGUGUGAUUCGGUCUUGACAGAAUCGGUCGUUCGAGUUCUGCUCAUGCUUCAGAGUAGGCUGAGCCUGCUGGCCGAGGAGAGGCUCGGCUCUGGAAUUCUGGGGGCAAUCGGGCUGGGCCGGAAGUCGCCCCUGUCUAACAGGUUCCGAGUGGUUGCUCGAGGCAUGGUCGCCUUCCUUUCGGUUCAGGUUCCUUCAGAGGAUCAGAUCCGUUUGAAGCCUGGCACGGAAUUACAUCUGACCCCAAAAGCUCAGCAGGCUCUGACCGCGCUUGAAUCCUUGCCAUCAAGCAAGCAGUAUGUUGACUGCCAGGAUCAGAUCUCACAGGCUGCGCAAUUUAUAAAGCAUCCUGGCCAUUGCCUCCAAGAUGGGAAAAGCUUCCUGGCUCUUCUCGUUAACGGUCUCUAUCCGGAAGUGCAUUACUUGGACAACAUACGAUAGUAACACCGAGUAUCUCAAGAAACCCUGUUGCUGUUUAUGUUUACAUUUAACUUUGCUGUUGCACAAGUAACUUCGCUCAGUCUCACUGCAGAGCUCUGUUUGGCCAAUGAGUUAGUUGACUGAGAUGCAAGUCGGGAGGCACUAGAUACUUCUGUUGUGCAUGCACACGUGUGUGUGUGUGUGUGUGUGUGUGUGUGUGUGUUCCUCAUUCUUGAAAACUCCUAGGGCCCUUUUAGUGUUGACGUUCACCCGACAGGAGAAACUUCCCGAGUCCCACUUGGGCACAGAACCACUCUCGGUGGCUGGAUCCCCAGUCACCUCCAGGAGCCCGCACGGGGCUCUUGUGUCUCCAUUUCUGUCUUCCUUGUUUUAUUUAAAUCUCAAGACUGCUGUGCCAGAUCUCACCGCUUUGGGAAUCAUGUAGAACCCUCACUUUUGAGUCCCAUUUUUGCUCCUUCGGGGUAAAAGAAGCUUUGAAAAUUUCUGCAUUUCUCCCGUGGGAGGAUAUACACCAGCUUACAAGUAGGACUUCCCUCAGAAUGGAGAGAACGCCGAAUUAAAGUGAGUCAUUAUCUGAAAUGGGGCCACUUGAUCCUGAUUGUAGUGGACAGUAGACAUGGUGACAGGUCCGUUUCCAUCCAGCCAUGGUCCUCAUGGGGAAGGAGACGUCCCUGCCAACUGAGGUGGCACGCUGGCUGUGUGUUUUGUGUGACUCUCACGGGGGAGAGAGUGUGCUCACUGUAGACGUAAUCCCUGUGGAGCCUACCCCGGCGCAUUCCCUCUUUCACAUCACUUCCUCUGUCCCUGUAGACAUCAGACUUCGCAACUCUUGUUAGACACUGGGCUUGAAAUCGGAAGGCCUUGCUCUCUGGAGAGACGGACGGAGUCAGACCUUGACGCUCUGGUCCCCGCGUGUUUCUUCAUCCACAUUUAAACUCAGAUGAAGUUCGCACACCUGCUGAAGCACUUGUCCGAGGAAACUUGGCUUUUUCCCCGUAGCCUGUGCCUUCUGUUGUUGGUAACAGUUCACUCAUUACCAGCGCCUCUCUGUAGCGUGGCCUUGUUCUGUGGCCGGCUUCUUGUACCCGUCACUUCCCCUGGAAUGCACAGUUUGACUUUUGUCUUCCUAAUUCUCUUGGCUCAGAGUUGAUUUUGUUUGUUCAGCUUGCAUAAUAGGUCUUCUGUUCAUGGGUUACUUACAACCCAAGGUUAUUUACCUAAAAAUACCUGAACUGAGAGCUCUUAGCAGGGGGUAGGGAUCUAGGUUAACGGAGGGACAAUCUCUUUUCAGAUGUCCUUAGGGUGCUUCCCCCAACAUGUGGAAGUGUGCAGGAGCUGUUCCUCAUUUCCCACUUUUCCAGUCGCACAGAGCACUUCUGCCUCACAGAGACCGUCCCCGUCUCUAUCUGUGAGGUCACAGGCUGGCUGUCUCAGAGGGGCGCGCCACAGAGCUAGCCUGGCUUUUGUGUGUCCCCAUUUUCAACAUCAGGCAGCUUCCCCGUGCUGUGUCCGAAAGUGUUAGAGGCUGGGAGUAGUUCCAUGGCUGAUUUGGCAACACAGAUUUUAUGACAGGAGGGGCUUUUUGUGCUCUUUUCUCUGAGGAAGCUGUAAUUAUUGAUACCCUAGAAUGUGAAAAUUUUGAGUGACAGUAUGUACAUUUUAAAGAAAAUUAUGAUUAACCUAUUGAUUUUUGAAGGUUUGUAAUAUUUAUAAUGUGGUUGGUCCGUAAAAAUUACAAAAAAUAAAAUCAAUCUCUGGUUGUAGCUAGCAAGAAUAUGAACUUUAGGGACCUCACACUGUCGUGUCAAGUAUUUCAGUUACAGUUGAUGCACUUUUAUGCCCAGCGUCCUCUGUUUUAUCUGACACUGGAACUCGAUCAUCCGAGAUGGUCCGUGAAAGCGCCUCCUCCCUGACUCUUGGAUGCUUAGCAACUGCGGGAGCUCGGCCCGCCGGGGAGCCUCCUCGCAGCGGCUCUGGGCCGAGAAAGUGCUUUGAAGACAGACAGGUCAGAAGGUGGCAACGCUGCUGUGGCCUCCUGGCUAACGCGCCUUUGCUGCCCAAAGUAGUAGGCCUCCCGAGUGCGCAGGGCUGGUUUCGGAGAUGGUUCCCGUGCUGUGCACGGCUGUCGGGAUCCUGCCGGAGCCAGGCCGCCCGCACCUGCCCCGGCGCCGCCUGCUUCAGAUAGGGACGUCUGGCAGCUUCCUGGCUGAUGACAGGCACCUGCCCUACUGCUGCCCCCUGUCUCCCCGCGCUCUGCAGCACACGGAGGAUGGUCAGAGAGGCACCCUCGGUCUCCCCACUCCUGGCUCCCGUGCCUAGCCGUGACCAGUGAGCACGGCGGGAAGCUGGGAUGUCCAGACGCUGAGGACGGGAGGUUGUGCUGCUGUGUCUGCUCAGCCUGACGGAGGAGCCGGGACCUGCCCAGCAUGUUCCCCAAGCUCCUGGGCAUGCAGAGAACCUCAUCAUCUAUUUGGGGCUCAGUCACAUCUGCUUCCUGGCGUUGCCGGAGUCGCUCAGCUCUGAGGCAAACCCCCAGAGUAGCCUAAUCUCACCUGAACCAGGUGCCAACCCCAUUCUUCCCGGUCGGUUCCUGAAGUCAGCGUGUCCACGCUGUCCGAGGCAGUGUGUUCAUGCCCUUUCUUCCUUUUGAGUGAAGGUGAUACCGGUUUUGUACUGGGAUUCUCAUACUAAGGUUAAUGUUUUCUCUGGGAGCAGGAAGCAAAUGCUGUAGAAUUGUGACUUUUAAAGUCACAUUAGGGCAAAGGGACACUAAAGCUCAUCCGGUCCCACUUCUCAUUCAGCAGGGGUCCCCAGCACUUCUCCAGCCUCCCCGCCUGACCCCCCUCCUGCCUCUCCUCUGCCCCCCCACCCCGCACCCCAGCCAGUAGUCCCGCCCCUCAUGGGCAAGCCCAGGUGGCCAGUGGCCAGCUGUCUCUAGUUCUGCUUGAUGUUGUGCCAAAACUGGCCUGAUAACACUGGUAACGGUUGGGCUGAGGCAAGCCAGGCCGGGGCUGCUUGCCUAUUCUUCAGACAAAUCUUCCAACAUUUCCAGACCUCAUCACACUCUGACCCUACCCAUCCACCUCUUAGUCUUCAGGCUAAAUGCUCAGUGCCUUCCGUUGGCCCUCUAACCCCCAAAGUCUAACAGGGCUGCUCUUUGGGAAAAGUGCCCAAGUUAGCCCGUGGUAUUCCAGAAGGGCCGUGUCCGUGAGUAGCAGGGCCAGGACUCGAGACACAUGAGGCUCCAAGGGCACAAACCGGAGGUGGUGUGCACCUGCAGGGUCUGGGGAGUACGCUUGCUUCCGUUCUGUGCCCUCCGCCUAGCCUCUGCCCUGGGGGUCAGUCACAGCAGCGAGGACCCAGCAAUCCAGUCCGCUCCCCAGGGGCCGUGGAUGGCAUCGCUUCUCAGCAGCCCCGUGGUUGGCACCUUCAGUUCGUGGCGAAUUCACACGCCAGACUGUGGUUUAACGUCAUUUCCUUCCAAAGACUGGUCUCGCCUGUCUGCAUGAUAGGCUUCUACCAAGGCUUCGCACACAUCCUUCAAAACUGCUUUUCAUUUUGGACCAAGUUUAUGGCUUAUUUUGAAGUAGCAGCUGAAUUUUUUUCUGCCCAGUUAACUUUGUCUUAUUAAACAAAAUGCAGAGUAUAAUGUUGGAAACAAACAUGUUGCUUUUUUUCUUGUUUUUUAAACAAGAAACAGACUGAUCUUACGUUUGAAUCUGGGUUGAGCUGGAUAAAGUUCUUGGCUUACAGCCAGGUGCUCAUAACUGACCUUGUUCUGGUCCGUGGUGAUCCUUACAGAGCCACCAAUUGUCCUGUAGAAGCUGUAGUCGAUGCUUCCUCUAGGCCAGAGAGGUUCCUGAUUUCUGAUGAGAAUAACUUGAAAAAUAAAGUUAAACUACUGACCCUGUUUGGGGGUAAUGAAAUCACUUAAGGAAUGAAUGUUGUUUAUUGUAACUUCUAUUUUUUAAUGUACAGGUGUAAUGUGUCUGAGCACUGAAGGUUACCAUUUAUUUUUCUUUCAAUGGCUUAAAAUCACUUACGGGGCAACAAGUACUUCCUAAUUGUAUUUUACCCUUUCUUUCCCACAUGUCUAGUGUGGCCUUUAAAACCACGACUUAUUUGGUCAUUAAAUGUGCAAUAUUCACUUCUUACUCAUGGUUCAGCAUUUCCCAUGCUUGUACGAAGGAUGGGUUUUUAUAUAAUGAUGGGAAACAGGGAGAAAUGAGAAUUGGUUUAAGUAAAAUUCUGCAAAUAAACCAGAUUCAAUUUUAAUUUA